GCUUCCCGUGCCGUGAGGGGGCACUUCUUGCCGCCGCGCCGGCCAGGGCUCCUGAGCUGAGGGGCAGUGGCCGCCGGCUGGGCAGGGCGGCGAGGGCUCAGCCAUGGCCGGGCAGCUUCCCGGCGGGAUUCCCGGCCUGAGGGCACUGAAGGGCGGGGGAUGUGCUCGCGUACCUGGCCGUGUUUCCCCGGGCCCCGUGUGGGCGUGCUCCUGUGGCGGCGGCGGCGGCAGCUCCCGCCCCUCCGCGCUGAGGCGAGCGCGCAGCCCAGUGCCAGAUCCGUGGGCGGCCGUGCUUGGAUACACCCCCGGCUACAGGCGGGCACACGGAGCACGAUAUCCCCGUCCUGGCUGAGCGUGUGUGCGUGUGGCUCUCUUGGAGAGAAGUUGUGAGGCUGUGAGGACAACUAAUAUGGGUUAGACCAAGGGGAGAGAAUGAUGCCAGACGCUGUGUACUAUGUAUAUAAGUAACUAAAGGCUGGGUUUCCAGAGGGCGCAUCCAGGCUUUUCCUGGGGGUGCCGAGCAAUAGGACAAGAGGCAAUGGGCAGAAACUGAGGCAUAGGAAGUUCCACCUGGAUAUGGGGAAGAACUUCUUUACUGUGGGAAUGAGCACAGUGGAACAGGUUGCCCAGAGAGGCUCUGGAGUCUCCCUCACUGGAAAUAGUCAGGAACUGGCUGGACACAAUCCUGUGCCAUGUGUGCUGGGAAGACCCUGCUUGAGCAUGGAGGUUUGACCACUGUGAUCUCUUCCAACCUUCCCCAUUCUGUGAUUCGGAGAAUAAUCAAACUGGAAUUUCAACCUGGUUACCACUGUUCACUUGUUAUUCCCUUCCCUCAGUGUUAUGAAGGUGACCACUCAAUCCUUAAGAAAGUGGUGGUGAACUUGAGAUUUUGUGCUCUGAAUUAUGGAAGUAUUUCAUGGGGGCAAAUACUGCUAUUAAACUUUUCCUGAAUUUAUGCUUUUAUAUCACUUAAAAUAUUUUUGAUUCAACAGUUGCAAAAAAAUUAUGUGCACAGUGAAAGCUGUUUAGAGAAAAGAAGUAAAAGGCUGCAGCCUUUCAUCCCCUGUUCAUCUGUCACUCAGCUAUAGACGGAUGAUGAUGAUUGUCAGCCAUGGAGGCCCCCAGGGCCAGCGCGGCGCACCUGAGUGAGUGGCAGGAAAGUUCCUUUGCUGUCACCUCUGGCACCUGCACCCCGGGGCAGAAGGCAGACGGGUACCGUGCCAAGGUGCUGCGCAUUCAGUAUGCAUGGGCAAGCUCCGAGAUCUCCCAGGCCUGUGCUGCCAGCCUGUUCAGGAGGUACGCAGAGAAAUACUCCGCCAUUGUCGACUCUGGCAACGCGGAGACUGGCUUGAACAACUACGCGGAAAACAUCCUGACUCUGGCAAAGUGUCAGCAAAGUGACAGUGACAAGUGGCAAUCUGCCUUGACAACAGAGAACGUGUUUGAAUUGAAGUGUGUGCGAGAGAGGAUGCGGGCUGGCAAAAGUUUCCAGAGCUCUCAGAUGGCACCGACAGAUGCCCGUGCGCGAGCUGAUAAAGGGGUCAGCGCCCCCGCUGCUCCAGCUCUUCCCAGACUCCAUGGCUUCGGCAGUGCCGGGGAGGCUGAGCUCACUGCUGCCUCAGCAAAAUGUGCCAGUCAGGGACCAGAUCUCCUUGGGCAUCCCUCGUCUUCCAAGUCCCUGCAAAGCAGUGUGCCUCCUGUGACCAGAACUUCAGAUACGCUUCCUGCUGCUUCAGCCUCCUCAAACAAACAGGUUCUUCCAGGUUUCCAGGCCACUCCGCUCUUUGGAAGUAAAGAAGCCACUAAUAGUAGUUCUCCUAAAAUGCCAGGUAACUGUUAUGAUGGACAAAAUUCGUCUCUUUUCAACCAGUCAGCUGUACCUGCCUGGUCUGCAAAUUCUGGGAAAAGAAAAGCCUUCUAUGGUCUGGUUGAUGAAGGUAGCACAGCUGUUCCUAGCCUUGCUCUGUGUCAGGCUUCCAUUUCUACAGAAACUAAUGGUUUUUCAGGGCAGAGAAACAGAAAUGAAGAGAGCAGUGCUCCUGGGUUUAAAACUGCAAAGGAACAGCUGUGGAUGGAUCAGCAAAAGAAAUCUCAAAACCAGCGUGCACCGGUCUCAUCAUAUGGAGGAGUAAAAAAAUCCCUGGGUGCAGGCAGGUCUCGGGGUCCCUUCAGCAAGUUUGUGCCUCCAGUUCCUAAGCAAGAUGGAAGUGAGAAUGGAGGAGCACAGUGUAAGCCUCAUGUAGGAGAAUCAACAGACCCAUUGCUACCUGUGGAUGAACGGCUGAAAAACAUAGAACCAAAAAUGGUUGAACUCAUCAUGCACGAGAUCAUGGACCACGGGCCUCCGGUCGGCUGGGACGACAUUGCUGGAGUGGAGUUUGCCAAAGCCACCAUCAAGGAAAUUGUGGUGUGGCCCAUGCUGAGGCCGGACAUCUUCACCGGCUUGCGUGGUCCUCCCAAAGGAAUCCUGCUCUUUGGCCCCCCUGGCACUGGCAAGACCCUCAUAGGCAAGUGCAUCGCAUGCCAGUCUGGAGCAACUUUUUUCAGCAUCAGCGCCUCCUCCCUGACGUCCAAGUGGGUGGGUGAGGGGGAGAAGAUGGUGCGCGCGCUGUUUGCCGUGGCGCGCUGCCAGCAGCCCGCCGUCAUCUUCAUCGACGAGAUCGACUCCCUGCUGUCCCAGCGCGGAGAGGGCGAGCACGAGUCCUCCAGGAGAAUAAAAACCGAAUUUCUGGUGCAGUUGGAUGGGGCAACAACCUCCUCUGAAGAUCGGAUCCUGGUGGUUGGAGCCACAAAUCGGCCCCAGGAAAUCGAUGAGGCGGCCCGGAGGCGACUGGUGAAGAGGCUGUACAUCCCUCUGCCCGAAGGCUCCGCCAGGAAGCAGAUUGUCACCCGGCUGAUGGCACGGGAGCACUGCUCUCUGAAUGAGGAGGAAAUCAAGCUCAUAGUCCAGAAGACCGAUGGGUUUUCUGGGGCAGACAUGACCCAGCUCUGUCGGGAGGCUUCCCUGGGCCCCAUCCGCAGCCUGCAGUCCAUGGACAUUGCCACCAUCACGCCGGAGCAGGUGCGGCCCAUCUCCUUCCUGGACUUUGAGAGCGCCCUGAGGACGGUGCGGCCCAGCGUGUCCCCCAAGGACCUGGAGCUCUAUGAAACCUGGAACCAGACCUUUGGCUGCGGCAGAUGAGCUGCACCACAGCUGUUCCGCUGGAGCAGGGUAGGAUUGCAGCACUGCCACCUAUCAAACCUGUGGCAAUUCAGUGCAUCUGCACUUGGGUUUGCUUCUGUCCUGGAAUUAAACCUCCUCAUGUUAUACAUGUCCAGGCUCUGGCUGAGGCUUUGCCAGCUGAAAAGUCCACGAGGAACUGCAGCUCAUGAUACGAGAAAUUGCUGAACAGCAGUGGCCUGGAGGGGCUGACAGUGUUUACAGAUUGCUGGGAGAGAUGGAAACAAAUUUCACUGAUGUUUAAGGAGAAGGUUAUCAAACCUCAAAAACAAUUGGAAGGAAUAUUGGGGAAAUGUCAAGGUCCACCAUGCUGUGUCAGUAAGGGAUUCAAGUAAUAGCAGAAAUGCUCAUUUUGGGUAGGAGCAUGGCAAAACUGGAUAGGGAAGAAUAGUUAGAGAUGCUUUGUUUGGGAGGAGACGAUGGAGAUGGUUGUAGACUUACAUGGAAAAAUGGAAGGGAGGACAAAAGAGGGAGGUCUCUUGAGAGUUGCUCUUGUCUGACAGCCAAGGCUUAUCACUGCAGUCAA